CUUUGUCCUGUUCUGCAGGUUCAGACCGGUUUGGAGUCUUGUAAUUGUGCUGGUGAUUAAACUGAUAUCAAACACACCCGACCGAGACACCAGCUGGACUGAUCGACUUUCAAGGAAAUAAAUAAGGCUUGUUGAACUCUGCUGGACGAUCUGCUUUUGAAGGUUCCUGUAUGACAGCGAGAUUUAUUUAAGGUUUUGGCCUCUUCUAUGGAUCAGUGUUUGAAGACUGAGGAGAGAGCCCCUCAAAACCAGUCUGUGUGAGGAACCUGAAGCUCAGAGCCCAGAGCAGAGACCGGACUCUUCUGGACCUGUACUCAGCUGUGUCUCUAUAAAGAGUGGCAAGUCUAUUAUUGAACCUUAUGACCUCAAGGAUGAACACCACUCGACUGAAAACAGUAUAAUAUGAAACUCCAAAAAGAAGAAGGAGGAGGAGGAAGUUCCAGUGAGCGAGUCUUGCGGUGACGCAGUUAGAUUCCCCCCACAGAGAAACAGAGACUGCAUCAACACGACCCUGCUGGAGUGACGGACUUUCAUGGGAAAAUAUUGAACGCAGUUUUGGGCUGUGCCAUGGAUCAGUGUGAGGAGGCAGAGGCGGGAGCCUCCACCUCCGCUCAGCGUAAGGACCAUGAAGCUCACAGCCUGGAGAAGCAGCAGAGACCGGACUCUCCUGGAUGUGAACUCAGCGGUGUGUCCCACAUGAGUUGGUCCAUCAGUCCCCCUGUUCACCAGAGUGACCAGUCCAUGAUUAAACCGUAUGACUUCAGAGAUAAACACCACUCUACUGAACAAAGUGUUCAACAGAAGAAAGCAGACUCACCUGUACCCAGCUGUGUGUCCAUAAAGAGUAACUGGUCCAUGACUGAACCAUAUAACUUCAGAGAUAAACACCACUCUACUGAACAAAGUGUUCACCAGAGUGACCAGUCCAUGAUUAAACCGUAUGACUUCAGAGGUAAACACCACUCUACUGAACAACAGAAGACAUUGCACUUCCUAAAGAGAAUGAAGCAAGAUGAACUGGCUGAUAGUCUUCAGAGCAGAACUAUUGCUUCACUGAAUCAAUGUAAACUCAAAUCCAGCCUGAAGCAGAAGUUCCAGUGUGUGUUUGAGGGGAUUGCUAAAGCAGGAAACCCAACCCUUCUGAAGCAGAUCUACACAGAGCUCUACAUCACAGAGGGAGGGACUGGAGAGGUCAAUGAUGAACACGAGGUCAGACAGAUUGAAACAGCAUCCAGGAAACCACACAGACCAGAAACAACCAUCAGACAAGAAGACAUCUUUAAAGUCUCACCUGGAAGAGAUGAACCAAUAAGAACAGUGAUGACAAAGGGAGUGGCUGGCAUCGGGAAAACAGUCUUAACACAGAAGUUCACUCUGGACUGGGCUGAAGACAAAGCCAACCAGGACAUACAGUUCACAUUUCCAUUCACUUUCAGAGAGCUGAAUGUGCUGAAAGAGAAAAAGUUCAGCUUGGUGGAACUUGUUCAUCACUUCUUUCCUGAAACCAAAGAAGCAGGAAUCUGCAGGUUUGAAGAGUUCCAGGUUGUGUUCAUCUUUGACGGUCUGGAUGAGUCUCGACUUCCUCUGGACUUUAAAAACAAUGAGACCCUGACUGACGUUACCAAGUCCACCUCAGUGGAUGUGCUGCUGACUAACCUCAUCAGGAGGAAACUGCUUCCCUCUGCUCGCCUCUGGAUAACCACACGACCUGCAGCAGCCAAUCAGAUCCCUCCUGAGUGUGUUGACAGGGUGACAGAGGUCAGAGGGUUCACUGACCCACAGAAGGAAGAGUACUUCAGGAAGAGGUUCAGAGAUGAGGAGCAAGCCAACAGAAUCAUCUCCCACAUCAAGACAUCACAAAGCCUCCACAUCAUGUGCCACAUCCCAGUCUUCUGCUGGAUCACUGCUACAGUUCUGGAGGAUGUGCUGAAGACCAGAGAGAGAGGAGAGCUGCCCAAGACCCUGACUGAGAUGUACAUCCACUUCCUGGUGGUUCAGUCCAAACUGAAGAACAUCAAGUAUGAUGGAGGAGCUAAGACAGAUCCACACUGGAGUCCAGAGAGCAGGAAGAUGAUAGAGUCUCUGGGAAAACUGGCUUUUGAGCAGCUGCAGAAAGGAAACCUGAUCUUCUAUGACUCAGACCUGACAGAGUGUGGCAUCGAUAUCAGAGCAGCCUCAGUGUACUCAGGAGUGUUCACACAGAUCUUUAAAGAGGAGAGAGGACUGUACCAGGACAAAGUGUUCUGCUUCAUCCAUCUGAGUGUUCAGGAGUUUCUGGCUGCUCUUCAUGUCCAUCUGACCUUCAUCAACUCUGGAGUCAAUCUGAUGUCAGAAGAACAAACAACAUCCUGGAGGUCUGAAGUAUCCAGAGAAAAACCUGACCCAAGACUAUUACAUCAGAGUGCUGUGGACCAGGCCUUACAGAGUCCAAAUGGACACUUGGACUUGUUCCUACGCUUCCUCCUGGGUCUUUCAUUGCAGAAAAAUCAAACUCAACUACGAGGUCUAGUGACAGAACCGUUACAGCACAAUCAGAAAACAGUCGAGUAUAUCAAGAAGAGGAUCAGUGAGAAUUUGUCUCCAGAGAGAAUCAUCAAUCUGUUCCACUGUCUGAAUGAACUGAAUGACAAUUCUUUAGUUGAGGAGAUCCGAAAAUACCUAAGACCAGGUAGUCUCUCCACAGGCAAAUUCUCUCCUGGUCAGUGGUCAGCGCUUGCCUUCAUCCUUCAGUCAUCAGAAAAAGAUCUGGAUGUGUUCGACCUGAAGAAAUACUUGGCGUCAGAGGACGUUCUUAUGAGGCUGCUGCCGCUGGUCAAGGCCUCCAAAACAGCUCUGCUGAAUGGUUGUAAUCUCUCAGAGAAAAGCUGUGAAGCUCUUUCCUCAGUUCUCAAUUCACAGUCAUCCAAACUGAGAGAGCUGGACCUGAGCAACAAUGACCUGCAAGACUCAGGAGUGAAGCUGCUCUCUGCUGGACUGAAAAGACAACACUGUAGACUGGAGACUCUAAGACUGUCAGGCUGUCUAAUAACAGAUAAAGGAUGCUCUUCUCUGGCCUCGGCUCUGAGAUCUAAUCUCUCUAAUCUGAGAGAGCUUGACCUGAGCUACAAUCAUCCAGGAGACUCAGGAGUUAAACUGCUGUCUGCUGCACAGGAGGAUCCACUCUAUAAACUGGACACUCUCAGAGUGGACCAUGUUGGAGAGCAGUGGCUGAAACCUGGUCUGAAGAAGUGUAAGUGCAGUGUUUCCCAUUAAUUAAUUAGACUGUGACGGCCCGCCAUAGUCUAAUCUCUCGCGCCAUAGUCUAAUCUGUCAUAGUCUAAUCUGUCAUAGUCUAAUCUGUCAUAGUCUAAUUUGCCAUGCUAGCAUCAGGGAAUUAUUAUCAACUAUAAGUACAUUUAAAGUACAGUUUACCCCGUUAAAUGUGAUGUGUGGCUGCAGUAGCCUACACCGGAAUGUGUGAUUGUUUUUAUGUCCGUUCCCUAAAACAGUCCGUAGCUUGUUUACCUCCUGCAGAGUGUUACAACUCACAGCCGCUCGGAGCUUUUCAAUCGCUGCGCAGGUUUCGGAGGUUUUAAACACAAUCAAAGACUUUUGAUCACCCUGUCAGACAAAGCAGCAUAACUAGUUGUAAACCUAGAUAUCAAAAUUCUAGCUGAAUAUUCUUUUUGAACCUGCAAAACAACUUCUGAAAGAGCGGAACAAAUCCAUUUUGUCUAAAGACGCCACUCAACUCCGCGUCUCCAUGUCAAAAACAUGCAUUUAAAGAUAAAGGUGGGUCUGCGGACCACACUUGAGAGGCAGAGAGAGAGAGUUAUACGGGCGAGCGAGAGUCCGGAACGUGCCAUUGCGCAUGUAAGUGGACGGACAAGAAACAGUUUGGUGUCCCCCCGUCAUAGUCUCGUGAAAUCCUGUGGUAAACACUGAAGUGUGUUAAUAUAUGAAAACGGCAGCUUAUGUUAAGCUAACAAGUGAACUAGGGCUGUUGACAUGAAUCAUUUAAUGGAUGCAUCGCGAUGCAGACUAGACCAUUAAUGCAUCGAUGCAGGGACAGGAAGUAAUCG